UUGAGUGAAGUUCAAUUUUGACAGUUGUAAUGUAACAGUGGUCAUCGUAUUUUUUUAUACCUCCUUGCAUUUUGAUACCAAAAUAUUAGUUAUUCGCGAAGUGGUAUUACGUGAACAAGAUGAAAAUAAGAGCCCACGCACUUCGGGAAAGGUGGAAUGCGACCCGCUAGCAUCGAGUGAUAUGUCAACACGCAGCGGUGCGUCGUCGAUCCGCGCCCGCCGCGGUCACAAGGAGCGCUCGAAGAACUUCACCGAGCUGGAGAAGCGCACCGUGCUGGAGCUGAUCGCGCGCCACCGCGACGUGCUCCGCCAGGGGCGCUCCAACAACGCCACCAACCGGAGCAAACAGCUGGUGUGGUCGACGAUAUGCGAGGAGGUAAACAAGCGGUGCGGCGGCGAGCGGCCGCGCACGCCCGCGCAGGUCAAGAUGUGGUACGAGAACUACAAGAAGAAGUGCAAGAUGCGCGCGCACGACACCACGCUCAACCACCCGCAAGCGCCGUCUGACACGCCCGGUCUGCUGGACGGAAUGCUCUGGCAGAGUAUACAUCCUCUAGAUGUCAAAGAGGAGGAGGGCGAGCCCACGACCAGCGCGGAAGGCACCCACAGCGCCAAGGAUGACGACUGCCUACCUGUCAACAUGUCGAACGGCCGACUGUCCAGCACGAACGACAGCGACGAAACGAUCAACGUACUCGAGCCCCAAGUCCAAAUCAUACCCCAGACCCCCACCCCGCCGCCCCACAAACCGAUACCCCCCAUCAACCCACUAAUGCCCACCCUGCCCCUACUAACCAACCCGCUUCAAGCGAUAGAACAAGCGAGGAUACAGCAGAACUUCUUGCAGAAACUAAACGAAUUGUCAAACACGCCGUUGAAUUUGAGCAAUUUGGACGACGCACGGAAGAACGGACACGAGAAAAACGAAAAGAACGAUGAUAUUAAACACGACUGCGGCAACGCCACCGAGGAGGAGAGACUUUACUACUCCGCGAAGAGGCAGCACGCGAUAUGGGAACACGAGGCCAAAAUGAAGAUAUUAAACAUGGAACUGAGACAGAAGGAGGAGAUAUUUUCACUGCAAAAACAACUUUUUCUCAUUGAGUUGAGGUUGAAAAUGGACUUUUUGGAGAAGGCCAGCGCUAAAUGAACUGAUUGCAGAGCGCUGCAGUCCCGAAGGAUCGCCCGCAGUCUUUCGAAAUUCCCGUGACGUCAUGCGUUGGCCAGUUUUGAACUGUGCGACGCGGAGUUAGAGCCGAGUGGCUUGAUUUCUAGUUCAAGAAGUGCCAUCUAAGUAGUUACCGAAUUAAAAUAUAUCCCGUAUUUUUUCUUCUUAAUAUUAUUAUUUUCCAAUUUUUGUAGUCAAACUACGGACACGCAAAUGAAGAUUAGUUGCGGCAGGCGACCGAUAAUGAGAAAUAGCAAUACAUUUAGUCAUUUUUUUGUAAGUAUAGUUCUGCCAACAUAAGAGAGAUAAGAUGUUUUGAAGAACAUGUAUUAUGUCAUUUGUAUUAUCGCGUUAAUUUUUACCAUAACUUUAUUGAACAAAUCUAUAUUAUUUUUCAAAACGUCUGAAUAUUAUCUUAUGUUAACACGCAUUGUUAGUGUGGAACAAGCACAGCAACAUCUCGGUCGCCUGUCCUCAAACUGUCUUUGAUUUACGCCUUUUUUCAUUAUAAUAAAUAAAAUAUGUGAUGAUAAAAAUAUAAUAAUUGUAAAAACGAAAAUAUAUUAUUUUUGUAUGAUUAUUUUACGCGUUAAAUUGUAUAGAUUUAUUUUAUAUUUUUUUGUAAUGUAAGUGUUAACGUGCUUAAGUUUCAAUAGCGGAAUACGCGAUUUUUUUAUUAUUUUUAGUAUUAUUUUUUUCGGCAGCUGAUGAUUUUUUUAACAUAAUAAUAUAAUAAUUCGCCGUGGACUUUGUUGAAUAUGAUUAAAAAAAUACAAAUGUAAAUAUUGUAACAAGUGUAUUAAAAUUCUAGACGUUCGUUUUUAUAGUGCCGAGGAUUUAGACUGUGCCGUUUUUGAUAAAGUCCACGCGACAUAGACUGCCAAAUAACAAACAGAAAUUGUUAAAUUAAUCUUAGGUUGGGCGCGAUUACAUCUUUUGAACUCGUUUAUGACCAAUCGAUAUUAAAAAAAAAUUGACAGGCAAAGUCUAUAGACCGAUAUUAAACCACUAGAAAAGUUCCAGGGUUUACUUGACCCCAGGCGCCUGAUCGAAGGUUAAUGUUUUUUUUUUCUAAUGUAGUACUUAGUUCUUGAGUCCGUGGACGGUUUUAAAUGCACGGAUGCUUUUUAAAUACUCUAUAUAUUCUUUAUACGCAAUAGUUCUGAUAUGAAUACUUCAAUGUGAGAUAUGUUCUUUUAACAAUUCGAAUAUCAUUGCGUGGGACAUCAUCAAUAAUCAAAUUAUUGUUUACAUCCAGCUUUUUGCAUAUUAAAAAUGGCGUAACAGAACUAUUGCGUAUUUUUGUGUUUGACGUCGCGCUAAUUCAUCAGAUUUUGUUGAUUUAUUCUGAGUUUCAAUUUCUUAAAGGGAAUUUUCUCUGUGAUAUACUUACAUGUGAGCCAAAAUUGUUUUAAAUACUUUUAAGUAUAUAUAAAACUUUUGUAAAUACAAUACCAAUAAUUUAAAAAUACGUAUUAUUUUAAUUAUCUGUAUGAAAAUGGUAUUAUUUUUAUAAUUUCUGGUGAAUUAGCGCGGCUAUAGUUUGUUUAGUAUCGCAGCUCAGCCUGCCAUUCAAUUCGCAACUCUAUCAACAUUGCUGAUGUCCCAUAAUCCGACGACUGAAUGGCCAGCUUUAUUUAGAUGUUGUAAUGCACCCGCAUUUCCCUUGGGGUCUACGAUUUUUGAUUGUGUCGAUUCAUAAAAAAAAAAAAUAUUCCACAUUUUUUACAAAAAUUACUUUGAAAGAUAUUAUAAACGGAAAUUAUCCUGGCUGUUUUGAGGUGUAAUUUUUAUAAGAAAAGUGGGUAACGUAACCUAGUCUUAAAACAAGAUGUAUCGUUUAAUCUAGUCAAGGAGAUAACAUCGAAAUUCAAAAUCAGGUUUUAUCAGAAAAGCGCAAAAGAUUCCUCCACUACCACGAAUGAAUUUAAUAUUAUCUGCCAUCUUUCUAAAAAGCAAAGCAGAAUUGUAGGUAUACUAAUACUAAAAAUUACUCGCUUGUACGGCGACUCAUAUCAAAAUCACUAUUCCCUCGACACAAAACUCCGUAAGUCAUUUUAAAGCCGUACUGACAUAUUUCAGGUUUCCAUUUGUUAGUAUUUUUGUUUAAUAUUUCAUACAAAUUGUUCAUUUCGUCCAUAACACCUUCGGUUAUAAUACACUACAGAAACUCUAGCCAGAAAUAGAGUACCCAACUCAGCAAUGGACUGCAUUGAACAAGUCAUGUAAACUGCAUCAAAAAUAGUCCAGCAUUCAAUUGUUUAUGCGUUUGAUUUAUAUAUCUUCGUGAUAUAGAUAUUUUUAACGCUACACGGACUUGAUGUUUUGUUUCAUUCAAAAGUUUAUUUAAUUUCUACGUCGAUGGGGCACAAUAGUUACUAAAAAGAUAAAUUCUUAUUAUUAGGGAUCAAAAGAACUGGAGUCUUAUAAAUUGGUUGUUACCUACGGCGCGACACCUGCUGAUAUGUAUUGUUUUGUGAGCCCUUUUAAUAAAAUUCAAUGGUAUAUUUAUAGUCCGUUUGCGUUAAGAUAAUAGUUAAAUUUUUCAUUGUUAAUACAACCCAAUGCAACUGUUUUACUACUAAGAUGAGCUAAAUUAUACAUCAUUAUUCAUUAAUAUAUUACGCAUCAAUUUAUGAUACAUUUCGUGCAAAAAAAUAGUUUACUUUUGUAUAAUUUAUAAUACUAUUUUCUGAAAUUAUCGAAUAAUACUAUAAUUUAAAUAAAGACAUUCCUCCUUGAGCUGAUUAAACGAUAACAUUUAAAGUCAGUGACGUGCCAACAAACGAAAACCAUUGUUAAUUAUAUUAUAUAAACCAUCAGAAGUAUAUAUAUACUAGUUAUUACAUAUAUAAGAUGUAGUACUGUUAUAAUAGUUUUAUAAUUUUUAGAUGAGAUACGUACGUUAGACCUCACAGUUUGGGGCACGUUUGUCGAAUCAUAUUAACCUGAGUAGGUCGCUAUCUAUGUCGUAGACAAUAAUAUAGUUUUAUGCUCUAAAAGGGAUUCGUUUAAAAUGCACAGAAUAAAUAAAAAGUAGGAUAUAUUGAAAAAUAGGUUUGACAAAUGUUUCCCAGACUAAAAAAUGGACACAGUAUGAUAUUAUUAAAGUAAUAUUUUCUAGUUGUAAAAAAGAUAAUUUUUCUAGAGCAGAAAGUAAUAAAUUUAACAGUACAAAGGUUUUUUCAUAGGUAAAAAACCAUUACCUCAGUAAAACAGUGUAUUGUAAAUAAAAUAGGUUAUAGAUGUAAAAAUAAAAGAUUUUAGAGCGAUUUUUUAUAUAAUGGAGGCGGCUUACACCUUCUAUUUUUCAUUUGUUUUUUCGAACCGGGUUGCCGGGAUAACGGGAAAAAAUGCCAAAAAUUUUUUUGCUCAAAUGUUGGCAACCCUCAAUUUUUUUGUCCCUCGUGGGAUAAAGGUGUAAGAACCUUGAAUAUGGCAAUACAUUAAUUAAUAGCAAUUUUACAUUGUGAUGUAUUUCUACGAUCUCAAUAACAGAUUAAAAGAUAUUUUUUACCCCGUCAAGCUGUUAUUCGGUUUUGAAACGUCAUUUUUUUUAAAACAGCGUUGCGUUAAUCUGAUCAAAUUGGAUAUUGAAAUUAUAAAAUAAAGAAUUUAUUUUCUGUUC